GGAUUUAAUCUCCAAGUUACAGCACGUAAUUGGCUAUGCAAGCAUCGAUGAAACCCGCCCCCCCCAUCAGGGCUGCACACAAACACAGCAGCCAAGGUGUAAGGUGAGGCCCAGGCUCUGGUGGCUGACUGCAGAGGAACUUCUGACUCCAUCUGCCCCAUCCCUUCUGACUCCAUCUGACCCCAUCCCUUCUGACUCCAUCUGACCCCAUCCCUGCUGUAGCUGGGCUGGGCUGGGCUGCACUGGGGUAAUCCCUGGAGCAGGAGAGAUGAGCAAAACCUGCUGGCACUGAAGUUACGCCUUGAGAAAGACGCUGCAGGGAGAGGGAAGCCCAGUCUGGAAGCGGGGCGUGCCCGGUUCGUGCAGCGCCAAAUGCGAGGCAGGCAGACGCAGCCCACAGGAGUUGAAAGUCAGCGUCUCUGGCUGUAAAACAGCAGCUCAGCACUGGUUGCUAAAUGGCCUGUAUGGAUGGGAAGAAAUGCAGCGUGUGGAUGUUUUUACCUCUUGUCUUUACCCUGUUUACAUCAGCUGGAUUAUGGAUAGUGUACUUUAUAGCAGUGGAAGAUAACAAAAUUCUCCCACUAAGUGUACCAGAUAGGAAACCUGGUCCCAAAAGACCGCCUUAUAUAAGUAUUGCAGGUGAUGCACCUCCUGCAAGCUGUGUGUUUAGUCAAGUCAUGAACAUGGCAGCAUUUCUAGCGCUUGUUGUGGCUGUCCUGCGCUUCAUUCAGCUGAAGCCAAAGGUGCUCACCCCUUGGCUGAACAUCAGCGGCUUGGUGGCUCUGUGCUUGGCCUCUUUUGGGAUGACCUUACUCGGCAACUUUCAGCUUUCCAAUGAUGAGGAGAUCCACAACGUGGGCACAUCGCUGACCUUUGGCUUCGGGACACUGGCGUGCUGGAUCCAGUCUGCCCUUACCCUCAAGAUCAACCUGAAGAAUGAGGGGAGGAAAGCUGGGAUUCCACGAGUGGCUCUCUCAGCCAGCAUCACCCUCUGCGUGGUGCUCUAUUUCAUCCUUAUGGCCCAGGGCAUUCACAUGCAUGCUUCCAGGAUCCAGUGGGGCCUAGUGAUGUGCUUCCUGUGCUACUUUGGCACCUUUGCAGUGGAGUUCAGGCAUUACAGAUUUGAGAUAAUUUGUUCUGAGUACCAGGAAAACUUUCUGAGCUUUUCCGAAAGCUUAUCAGAAGCCUCCGAGUACCAGACAGAUCAGGUGUAGCCUGUCCUCUGGUAGGGGGGAAGGGGGGCAGGGGUGGUCUCAUGGGUGAAACAUGACCUCAUUUACACUUUUUUUUUUUUAUGAGCUUGUUUUCAUGUGCAAUCAUGAUGGUAUUGCCAAAGGGCUCUGAGGGUGGCUGUCUCACUAAGAGCCAAACAAACAGAGGUGUCUGCUGGGAGAGGAGUGGAUCCAUCUCAGCGGCAGCAUGAGAGAGCACAAGGUGCUUAGUUUGUGCCACCAGUGACUCUUUCUGAGUGGCUCUGUCACACUCCUGUUGCUCAAAACUUUCAGCAGCCUUGCAAUGCCCCUGUGAGGCUGGUCCCACUCAGCCCACCCUGCAGAGAAGGAGGUGAAGGAAGCAGACUUCUCCUAACAGCAAGAGCCUUCAGGAGUCACCUCUUCCCGAGUCACCAGACUGCAUCUUCCAUGUGUUUCUUGGCUUGUUUUCUUUGCUGCCAACUUGGGGGAACUUGGUAGGGGGAGCGAGAGCAGCUGUUCCUCCAGAACCUGGAAUCAGACACAGAAGACCCCAGUGGACUGGCUUUUAUGGCAAGCAGGCAGGCAUUUCUUCCAGCCUGGAAAGCAGACGAUGUAAAUCUGGAUUUGGCAGGAACUGUGCUGUGAUCAGGAAGUGAGGCUUAGCUGAUGCUGCCUUGUAGCCAGGCAGAUCAUCCCCAGGCCAGAGGGGGUGACACAGUGGGAUGCUGUGCUUGGCUUCCUGGUGGGCACUGGUAGGAGUGAGGUGCUGAAUUAAGAUGAGAACGUCUGUGUGCUCUGAAGACGACCCAGAAAAGGCUGCUUUUUCCAUGUGUAGUGCUUCCACCACACAUUGUGUAUAGCAUUUCAAAAGCUUUUUAAUUUUUUUUUUUUUUAAUGUUCACUGAGGGGGAAAACAUUGUGUUAGAGACACCAGGCUUGUCUGCCAUGAGAAAGUACCAGUGCUUCUGGACACAGGGUUUGGUUUUGCUCCUUGUGCAAGCCAAACUUCAGACAUGCUGGUUUGGGCUCUGGGCCCCUCAGUGUGGCCAGGCCACUUGCCCUGAGUGGAGCCUGCCACAGGUUUGUUUAAAUGGGCUUCCAAGGUGCCAGGAGGGAGUUGUGGCACGGAGGCUGGCUGAUCUGCCUGAGGGCUGGAGGUGUGAGAAGGGAACAGGCAAACCAGAAGGGCUUCUCCCUCCCUAAAGGGAGGUUCUCAAACAGAAGGUCUGUUUUCGGAGAACAAGGAGCUCAAAGCCCAUUUGGAAACCUGAUUUUGGGAAGGCUGCUGUAUUGCCUGGGUAGGGGAGUGAUGGGAAUUGCUUCUCAUGAACAUGGCUCCUGUUUUCCUCCACAAAUCAAGCUCAGCUUAGUUUCACAUCUUGUCUGAGCUGCAGGAAAACAAGCAGAAAUUUAAAUGGUAGGAAAGGGCACUUGAAGGGGAACUCGUACUGCUCUGUGGCAUUUCUGACAGAGAAGGAAAAGGCAAAAAGGCAUUCAGUCUUCUGCAAAGGUCACACUGAGAGGAGAAACAGUUGAGACAAACUGUGUGUUAAGUAGAAAGCUUUCAGCCAGCCCUUUAUUUCCUGUGCACCAAAACUUGUUCUCAGGCAGCUGUUACAAGUCCAGAGCAUUUUUGGCCAACAGAGUGUUGUUGUGGAUUGCUGAAGGCUUCCUCCUUGUAGCAGUGUCAUGAGUGGAAAGCUUUCCCAGAAGGAUGUGCUGAGAGUGGCCAAGGACACAGCAGUGUGAGGUGCCAGCUCCCUAGAGGCUCAUCCAGGGAGCUCCUCCUGGGCAAGGACAGGAGGGGACAGUCUGGAGAACAUGCAGGUGGGGAUCCUCUUGCACUGGCACACACUCAAUCCAUAUGGAGCACAAAAUAGCAAUUUGUUGUAAGGGCGUUUUACUGUAAAUAGUCCACUGUGUCUUUUUUUCCCCCUAAUUAAUUAAUACUUUCAGUUUAUUAUUUUAGCUUUUGUAAUUUUAUCAAAGGAAAAAAAAAUUGUGUGGUUAUUUUUUUUUUCCUUUUGCUCCUUUUCCUAUAUGCAAUCCAAACUGAACUUCAGGUUUUUAGUGAUAAUUCUGUACAUUUCUUAGAGUAUUUCUAACAGUACAUUUCAGUACAACUAAAUGACAGCUGAUGUACACUAAAACAUGACCACUGAAUAAAGUGCUUUUAUGGAGAAA